GGAGUGAGGUGAGGGCCGGCCGUGUCCCUGCCCUGCCCCCCCCUCUCUCUCCCGCACCACCCCCUCACCCUCGCCACACACUGCCGGGGUCGCCAUGCCAGCCACCAGUCGUGAGAAGAGCAGCCCCAGGGUCUCCAAGGUAUUCUCCAGGAUCUCCAGUGACCCCAGAAUCUCAAAGAGUCAUGGAGAGCCCAAAGUGGAGGCCGCGAGUCUGGUGGAUGGGGUGGUUGACAGUAAACACACAAAGAGCACCAAGACUCAGAAGGCCAAAAGGGGCAUUCUUCCUUACUUCCGCGGACAUAAAAGUGGGAAGAAAAGUGAAAAGGAAAAAGAAAAGGCCAAGAAAGAUAAGGUUGAAGAGAGUAAGCAUUGUGAUGUUUCACAGACAGUUUCCACAGACAUUGAAUGUCAAGCUCAAUUAUCUCCCGUGUUAGACACUCACGAAGUGGUUACCAAAGAAACAGAUGAUGUCGUGUUGCUUUCCAAAGAGCCCAUUGAAAGUGGCAGUAUUGUUAGUGAUGCGAUUAGUGAAGUUAUAGAAAAAGAGGGUGCUGACAUGAGUGAGGAGUGCGAGAAAGGGGCCAGUGUCACGGAGUGGGACAGAGGUGAUGGUCUCGGCUCUGUAGACUUCCAGACUUACUCGCUUAUGCACUCUGCACGUGUGUCCAAAUACGAAUCGCCACUAAGGAAAACACAGACAUAUCAAAAAUCAUUCCUUCACAACCGUUAUGGCUCGAGCAGUAACGUAGAGACACUACCGAGCCGUUUCCGUCACCCUCCCACUGAUUGGUCAAUGUCUUCUGUGGCCAAUGUGUCAGCCUUUCGCUCCAACACCUUGCAGCCUUCCAGGGUGCCACUCCCUGCCCUCCGCUCUCAAACUUUACAACAUUCCCUGGCGCCCACGUCUGUUUCCCUUGAACUUCAACAGCCUCCACCGACGUCUACGACAUCUACAUCUUCUUGCACCCUCCUUCACCUUACUCCAGAACACUCUGCAGCCACCUCUUCCUAUGACCAUACUGAGACAGCAGAGGGAUACUCCAAGCAACUCCCUCUACAGGUUAAGUCCCACACUCUCGAUACUGUUCGAGCCAGGUUCCAGAACCAUGUAAAUAAUCUAACAUACGAGGGAAUGGAUUUUACUAACAGUGAACAAAGUUGCAGUGCAACUUGUCUCACUCCAAGCAGCUGGAGCUUCGGAGGUAGAAGCUUCACCUCACCUUUCACCAAGCUCACUUUACAUGCUAGUGAGAGCUUAAAGGAAGUUGAGAAGGAGAAGGACAAAAAAUUAACAAGAAGUAUUUCUGCAGAGUCAAAAUGUGCUGCGAAAGUUGGAGUAAAAAAAAUCUUACUUCAGAAUAGAUUAAAGGAGGAUUCAGUGCAAGAUAUAAAUGCUGAGAGAAAGAGUGUACCUUGUGAGCUUCAAGGUGGCACCACAACUAGAGUGGAACCGGUGAGUAAAAACCUGGACUCCAUAACAAUAAGUUCAAAUAAAUUCGUUAAAGCUAAGUUAAAUAUCACGGUGGUGAAGACACCUGAAGUCAUCAGAAGAGGCAGACUGGGUUCCUUCAGGUUCACCCGUACUGGCAUCAGGUCCUCUGUUCGUGCGUCACUGAAGAAGAGACGAGACACUGUUGCCUUGACAUCAUCUGCAUCAUCCUCACUCUCAACAUCCUCAUCAUCAUUAGCAGCAGCAACAACUACACUGAAAAAUACUACUGGAACAGUAGAGGGAAAAUUUAUUCCAGAGUAUGCUAAAGUAAACAAAAGAAAACACUCCAAGCCAGAUAUUGUUGAAGAGAAAGAUUUUGGUGGUUUAGUAGUGUCAACAUCGCACAUCCACGAGUCGCCAGCAGAAAAGGCUCCUAUAGUGAAGAAGAUCGAGGCAGCAGCAUACAAGGCAAGGAAAGACUGUGAGCCGUCACUUAAGGUCAAUCCAGUGAAGAGGUCUGAGAGCUUCAAGACGGGAUCAAGAGUGGGGCGGAGGAGCAGUUUAACUUUUGCCUCAAGAGCCAAGAUGCUGGAGGGCGAGAGCUUUGUGAAGAGCCAGGCUGUUAAACUACGAAGGAAAGAUUCCAAAAAUGGACGACUGGAUAUAAAAAAUGCGCGAAAAGCUGAAUACAGAUUAAGUGUGACCAUUAAACCAAGUACUGUUGCUACGCUGGCAAAUAAGUUCAACACCAUUAUCUCACAGAACCAAGCAGGCAGUCCUAUUACAAAAUCUGAAUUGCCUUUCAGUCAUGUUUCUGUUCACAAAACAAGAGUUUUAUCAAGCCCAAGAGCAAGUACCAGACUCAAGAGCAGAUCCAGGAGUGGAAGGAUUGAUCCCGAUAACAAAGACAAUUCAUUAGAAUGUGCCCCUGUAAUGAAUGAGAAGAGUAAAAAGGAAGAAAAGAAUAGGGAAGAAAGAAGAGGAGACUUAAGUGUAUCAGGUGCCAGGAAAGUAAAUAGUAUGGGCUCUAGAUCACCUUCGUCUAAGACAUCUGCUGUUUCAAAAAAUGGUUCAUCUGGACUGGAUAAACUUGGUGACAACAAAACCGACGAAGAAAAAGUGUGUGAGAAAAUCAAGACAGCUCUGUCCUCUGGGAAAUUCAAGGGAGAAACUGAUGAUUCUGAGGAUGACGUUGUUGAUAAGGACGACGAGUCCACGGACGAAAAGAAGUACAAAAGUAGAAUGCCGUCACCUACUCCUUCCAGUGCCACGAUACCUGACAUUCUUGAGGAGCCGUCGUACAUGAACCCAGGAACAUCAUCUGCUACUCUAACUUAUACUGCUCCAGUUUCCUGCACUGCUGUAGCUUCUAAUUCUAUGAUACCAAAGACAACCAAUUCAUUAGUAGUGCAACAAAAGGAUAGUACAAAAGACACCUCGGUGAAGAGGUUAGUGGACAAGGACCAGCAGGUAUUGCCAUUAUCUGAAAAACAUACCAAUAACCAGAUGUUAAAUAUAUCUGAAGGACAUGUUAAGUCUGACUCUAUGGACUCUGGUAUAUCCACUGAAGGAGAUCGACUAUCAGGAGCUGGCUCACCUAACUACCCGAGUACCUCUCUUGCCACUUCCUCUGGGCCAAAUUUUUGCUCUCUCGUAGCUGAGGACUCCUCACUAGACACUGUCAUAUCAACAGACACUUGUCAGAGUGACGAUAGUGCAGUAGCUCUCAAAAAUGAAGAGACCAUGAGUCUUGAGCCACAAACAAGCAUAGAAGACCUGGAGGACAAAGACUUACAACAGGAGAAAUCACUGAGCAGACUCUGUUCAGACACAGAUGAGAUGAAUACAGCUGAUAAUGUAGAAUCUGAAGAAAAGGGCAUCGUUGACCUCUUAGAAUCUGAGAGUAAAGGCACUGCUGAUGUAAAAUAUACAGCCCAGAUUCCGGAUGAUGAGUGUACUGAUAAUGAUGUAACUUGUCCUUCGAAGACGGAUGAGAAUACCUUAUCAGCUGGGAUCAGCGAACCAGAAGACAAGAUGACAUCCAUUGAGGAUGACCUUGAAGAGACAAUAAUCGAACCUGAUUCAAGGUCGGUCAGUAGCAGUGUCCUUGAUGACACCCACUCCGAGGUCAGCUCAGUAUGCUCAGACGUCAAGUCCAAGAGAACCAGCAAACCAAAUGAGAGCCGUAUUUACACUGCCGUUAAGAGCGCUGUCAAAAAUACCGUCAAGAAGACCAAAGAGAAAGAUGCAGAGCGUAAAGAAGAACGAGAGAGAGAGAGACGAAAUAGAUCUCCAUCAGCCGAUCGAGAGAAGUGGUAUAGACGAGGAAGAUCAAGAGAAAGAGCAAGAGACAAGAAGGACGACAAGGAUCAAGGAGCUGGUGAUGAACAAAAAGCAGCAGGCGAAGAAAUUGAUAAUGAUGACAAGAGAGAGACUCCUAAGAAAGAUGGAAGAGAAAGAGAAGGGAGAAGCUACGAGAGGUUCACUUUCAAGAAACUCCGAGAAAAGAGUCAGGAAAGGAGAAGACUCAAAGAUAAAGCCAAAGAAGAAGAAAAAAAGAAAGAAGAUGAGAAAAAAGCCUCUGGUGAAGAAUCGAAAAAAGAUGGUAAAAACAAAAAGAAAGAUUGUAAGGAGAAGGAGGAAGCUACUUAUGGAAAGUGGAGUAUACGAUCAAGGUCACGUAGCAGAGACAGGAAAAAGUACAAAGAUAAAGUUUCAGAACAACUUGCUCAAGAAGAAGCUGAGGCAGCAAAGGAGGCAGAAGAGCAAGCAUCAGCAGAAGCCACAGACUCUCCCAAGCAUCCAGACUCUCCUCAGCUGGGCACAUCCCGCACCUGUCUCACUCUCCCGUACAUGAAGAAGACAGAGAACAUGGUCUUCACCUUUGACACUGACAGCAUCUAUGACAGACCACAGACUCCCACCCAGUCCAUGAAAUCUAUGACUUUACCUCCUCCGCCGAAGACACCCAUUCCUUCACCACCAUCAUCUGCCACAACACCAAUACCCCCUCCUCCAAAAACGCCUAUACCCGCCCUUCCCACUGAGUUUGCAUCAGAUGAAGCAAAGGAAACAGCAAACAUUUUGUCGGUGUCUGAUAAGUCCAAUGGUGACAGUGACGGUAGUAAUGAGACCGAAAAUAUCUAUGAAAACCUUUAUGCUCCAAAUCUUGAAAAACUUCAUAGGAACAGAGAAAAACUAGAAGGUCGGGGCAUAAGACCUAACUCUUCGUUCCUGUGGAGUGAUGGAGGCCAGGCUCCAACUUCUUCACAAGUUUCAGAUACUAAAGAAACUAUUGAGGAAGAAACUGAACCCGAGCGUUCCCCAUUUAUAAGAGUGAUUGGUGUGAGAACAUACGGGCGAAUGGACAGAUAUGGGAAGAUAACUCCUUCAGGCAAAGCCAAGGAGGUAACACCUGAAGGACAUAACUAUGCUGAGCUGCAGCAGGGUGCUGAGGAUACCCAGACUCUAGCUUAUGAUGACAUUGGUGCUGUGAGUGCUAUUAGCUAUGAUGACAUAGCAGCUCCUUCUUCCUGUGGUUAUGACGACAUUCGUGCGCCUUCUACAGUAGGAUAUGAUAUUAUCAGACCUCCUUCUGAAGGCUAUGACCCAGUCAAUCCGCCUCGCUCAGAUUCCAGUCAGUAUGAUGACUGCGACGGGGGUAUCGUAACAGCCCAGUUUGCAGUAGUAAUGGAGGAUCAGCUGGACUCUAUCAGUUACAUGUACGACGAAAUCUCGAUGUACAACGCCUCACAAAACUCUCACUCGUACGAACCCGUGUAUCCCCCGGGGGUCUCUCCCCAGGGCCGCCCAGCAGUCAGCAGCAUCGAAGAGGUGCCUGAGACUGAGGCUCCGCCGCCCGCUACCCAAGAGUCAAACGACCAGGAUAACGACAGAGAUGUUAUUGACGAUGCCUCGUCUGAGUACAGCCAAGAUGGUUGUGAGGGCGGCGUUCACGAGGUGUUCUCGUAUAAGCUGACUCGUAUUGGAGGAACCUUAGAGUCCAUGCCCGUUGAGCCCACUCCCGCCACCCCCGCCACGCCCGCCACCCCAACAACCCCUACCACGCCCAGCACUCCGGGCUCUACCCUCCGUACUAGGUUAUAUGGAGGAGGAUUGGUGGCUGUGGGCGGGGAGAGUGCCCACUCCCCGUCACUCUCACCCACGGAGGGUAAGAGUGAAACCUCCGACGAGUGGAUGGAUGUUAGUGACACAGAGACUGAUGACACCAGUGCCAGUGAUCCCAUCACCAUCACUACACAGAUACCUCUGGUACGCAUGCGUCAACGCUCCAAACGUUGGCGUGCACGUAACUGGCGUCGCUCAUGGAGUCAGGGCGUGAGGGAUGUGGCCGCCCACGCCCAUAACCACACCCAUGCCCACACCAUCGGCCACACCCACGUGACCAUCCCAGCCGCCCGUGAGGACGAAAUCGAGUACUGCUGGCGUGAGGUAUACGUGAGUUCGUCAUCAACCAUCGUGUUGGGUCAGUGUGAGAGUAACCACAACGAGUACGACACAGCCUACGCUCCUGGUUACUACAAUGCUUCCCUCCUCUCCGGCGCCAGCACCUCUAGCAGCCUCUACUACGAGAGCGCCAAGAUCAGAAGCAUCUUCUACGAUGCCGAUGACAAUGAGUCCCAGGAAAUGAGUCUUUAUGUUGAAGGAGGAGAGUCGGAGGAAGAAGACCCUACAACAGGUCACUACGAGGCUAUCUAUGAGGUCAUCACUCCAGCCCAGGAUGAACGUUUCCAUCGACCUGAUGAUAAUGACUUCGAUGAUUCCUUUGAUUCUGAUGAUUCUGACGACGCCUAUUGUCGUCUUAGGCCACAGUUUCCAGAUGACAGUUCACAAAUUUCAAGAGAUCACACUGAGUCCCUGAGCUCCGAGGUGUCUGGCUGUGACAAGCAACAAGAACUGUCUUCUUUGCAGCAACAGCAGCAACAACAACAACAGCAACAACAUGGUAUAACAAAGAUUGCAGAAGCAGCUAACCUGGGCAUGAGGAGGCUGAGACGCAACUGGUCCUUGACUAAAAAUGAAGUGAAAACAGGACUGAGUCGCAUCAAGAAGAAGAGUACCUUUAAUGUGUCUGACAUGAAGAGUACAGAAAAUCUUGCGAGUGAUGCCAGCCCAUCUAGUGCAGAAAAUAAGAGAAAAUGGUCAUUUAAGAGUCAUUUCCGAAGGAAAUCGUCAUCAGGCUCUGUUACAACAGUUGUCAGUGGUGGUGGUGGUGGUGGUAGUGGUAGUGGUGGUAGUGGUCCUCCUUCAAAGAAAGAAUCUGCUACAUUUUACUUGACACUAACUAUUGAAACUGGAAAUCAAGAUGCUGGGGAAAUGUCAGAUGCUUCUCAGCGAACUGGUCGCUCUGACUGUGAGAGUGUUCGCUCGACUACUAGUGCCCAUGAGUAUCGAAAGUCCAAUACUCCAUCUAUAGCCUUAGUUACUACUGUGGGAUCCUCUGAGAAUGCUGUUCCACUGAGACGAGUUACCUCUGCCACUACUAACAGGAAGAGUUGUGCUGGAUCUUCCAGCUAUGGACCAGUUAGACCACGUACUGCACCUCCUGCUCCACCACCAAAAGAAAAGAGCAGUGAAGCUGUAUCUGGAAGAAGUGAAGGUGACGAAUUCAGUAAGGUUGAAGUUGCAUCAAGACUCAAUCAGCUGUUGUCUACUGGACCAGUUGCACCUCCUGGCCGCCGAGUGCUUCGUACUUCAGAGUGUUCAAGCAGUGAUACAUCUCCUGUUCCUGUAUUGAUUCACCCAGAAGACACUCGGCAUACAGGGUUGUGGCCACAUAGUGUCAAAUAUGCUACUAUUGACAUGAGUAAUUUUGGGGUCCAUACCAAUGCUGGUGGUGAUUCAAGCGGUGAUGAAAAGUCGAUGAAUGUAGACAUAGCUAAUUCUCUGAAGUUUAACAUGCCUCAGGCUCGUAUGUCUGUUGCAAGUGCAGCAUCUCAUAGCUCUAGUGAAGGCUACAUUCGCCCUGGAGACAUAGCAUCGGCACCACCACCACCACUACCAGCAAGACGUACCCCAUCUACUUCUGUGCCAGUCAUUAAAUCUUCCUCUAAAAAAUCUCCACCCACACUUCUUCACAUGUCCCCUAAUGUCAUGGAUGGGGACAAUAAUAGUUACCUUGAUUUCAGCUGCACUGCUUUAAUGCAGGAUGAACCAUUGUAUGUGAGUUCCCACUUUGCAGAUGAACCACUAUACCAGUUUUACACAGCAACAGUGUUGGAGCGUGCAGCCCACAACCAAGGUGACUGUUCUUCAGAAGAUGACUAUGAGGUAAUCAAUGAUGGACACCAUGGUACACAAGCUAGGAAGUUACAGUCCCGCCCCUCAGCCAUGGAGCUUGUCACCCCAGCGGAUGGUCGACGGACAUUGUGGUGUGAAUUACCUGAAGUCAUAGACAGCGGUUUACUAAGUCAAAUCAGCAGCCAGGAAAGGAAGAUUCAGGAAGCUAUGUUUGAGAUGAUAACAUCUGAGGCAUCAUACCUCAAGUCUCUCAAUGUUCUUGUCACCCACUUUGUUCAGUGUCCAGAAUUUACCAUAGACGAGGGUGAAGAUGCUGUCCUCAGUAGGAGAGAAAGACACAUUCUUUUUUCUGAUAUUUUACCAGUGAAGAGAUGCUCAGAAUUAUUUUUGGCAGACUUAGAAAAGCGAUGGCAAGUAUCUGUACAGAUCUCUACAAUUGCUGAUAUUAUCUGCAAGCACGCCAAUAACCACUUCCAGGUUUAUGUCAAGUAUUGUUCCAACCAGAUCUACCAAGACAGGACACUGAAGGAGCUGAAGGAAAAUAAUCCUCGAUUCUUGGAGGUGCUGAACUGUCUGGAGUCUUCUCCAGUGUGUCAGUCACUUGCUAUGCACUCCUUCCUCAUGCUACCCAUGCAGAGAAUUACAAGGCUACCUCUGCUUGUAGAUGCCAUAUUUCACCGCCUAGAGUAUGGCACACCUAUGUGGAAUGAAUACAAGAUAGCUCUAGCAACUCUUACAAAGAUUGUAUCAGAAUGUAACGAGGGAGCUCGCAAGAUGGAGCGCAUGGAGGAGAUGCUCAUUCUCUCGCGUCAGCUGGAUUUUCGGGAGGUAAAGGCAAUACCACUUAUCUCUGCUUCCCGUUGGCUCGUCAAGAAGGGUGAGCUGAUAAGGCUGACGUGGAGGGAAAAUGAUGCUAAACUCACCUUUGGCAAGAGAAUAUCAAAAUGUACCCUAUACUUCUUCUUGUUUACCGACCUUCUUGUUGUUACUAAGAAAAAGAGCGAAGACCAAUACAUGGUUUUGGACUACUGCUCAAGAAAUAUGGUACAAGUGUUGGAGCUGGACACGGGUGACAAGUUUCCCGGCCGUCUCCUGGAUGGUCACAAGAACCUGCUCAUCAUGACAAUGCUGCAGAAUCACGAAAAUAAAACAGUCGAGAUGGUUGUUUCUUGUCCCAUGGAAUCAGACAGAACACGAUGGGUUGAGGCAGUAACUCCACGCAGCUCUGAUAACCCAGAUGAGCGAAUUUAUGAAGAAUGGGAUUGUCCACAGGUACAAGCUGUUCAUCCCUAUGUAGGAAAGCAGCCAGAUGAACUCUCCCUUGAAGUUUCAGAUGUUGUAAAUGUCUUAAAGAAAAUGGCUGAUGGUAAGAAACAUUUCUAUAGUUUGCACAACUUUGGAGUAUUUCUCCAGCAUAUUCAGCUUAAAAUAUAAAUCAAUCAUGAAAUAUAAUAAUUAUUUGUAAUGUAUGCAUAAAUGUUACCCCAGUAUUUACCUGAGGAUUUUAAUGAAGUAUAUUUUUGACAACACUCAAAAAAUUAUCCUUUAAAAAUAGUUGCCUUGUUCGUGUGUGUUCUUAUAGUAUGGCAAAUAGGAAUUUUUUAUUAUAAUCUCUCAUCCCAUAGUAAUGUUUAUGGUUGAUCAAGAUAAAUACACUACAAAAACUGUCUAUAAAAUAACAAGGAAUAAGGACUUUAUUUCUUUGCAAGGGUUUGUUAAGUAGAAAGAAAGCCACUAUUGUGCCGGGGCAUUUCGGGCAGACUAAUCCUAAUACAUAAUUACUUAAGUCUAGACAAGAUAAGAGUGGUUAACUUUUUAAUAAAUCUUUGUUUCAUCUUAAUACUAAUGCGAGGUAGUCAAGGUGGAGAUUUAUAAGAAUAAUUAUCUUGAAGUUGUACAUAAUAAAAACAAUAUUACAAUUAAUGAUUCAGUAAUAUUUUAGGGAUUGGCAGGUGUUUUAAUAGACUAGAGGUCUUUGUUAUUUUAACAAACUGGCCAUAUCCCACUGAGGCAGGGUGGCCCAAAAGGAAAAAUGAAAGUUUCUCCUUUUAAAUUUAGUAACAUAUACAGGAGUAGGGGUUACUAGCCCCUUGCUCCCGGCAUUUUAAUCGCCUCUAAUGACACGGAGGAAGAAUUCUGUUCCACUUUCCAUGGAGAUAAGAGGAAAUAAACAAGAACUAGUAAGAAAAAAGAACCCAAAGGGGUGUGUUUGUAUAUAUAAAUAUAUGCUUGUACAUGCAAGUGUAAUGUGACCUAAGUGUAAGUAGAGGUAGGAAGGUGUACCUGAAAUCUUGCAUGUUUACAAGACAAAAAAGACACGAGCAAUCCUACCAAGUACUACCGGUGUACUUGGCAGUACGGUAAUACCUACCUGGGUGGUUGUGGUCUACCAAAAUACUACCUAUAUAAUUGGGAGAGUUGCUUCAAACCAUUUAGAAAGUUAUUUUGGUUGGUUUGGUUAGUAUUGAGAGAUGAGAUGAUUUUUAAGCAUAGCCCUAAAUUUGUAUGUAGUCAGGGGAUCCUUUCCCAGUUCAGGUAGUGAAUUCCAUAUCUUCAGGCCCUUUAUGUGCAUUGCAUUUUUGCAUAGGGCAAGACUGACACGAGGGAUGUCGAAGAGUGCCUUGUAUUGUGACUGUGCGUUCUGUUGCAGCUAUCAAGGAGAAGUUUAAGUUUAGGGUUUAUAUUGGAGUUUAAAGUUCUGUAUAUAUAGAGGAGGCACAAUAAUACGAGUAUAUGUCUCGUAUAGCAUUUAGUAGUUUCAGGCUUUUGAAAAGUGGUGGGGUGUGCUGUCUGGCACAGGAACUGGUUACCGUCCACACAGC